GAACACAUCUUACUUUCACCAUCAUAUUAUGAAUCAUGAACAACCAGAGCUGUGUCACUGAGUUCAUAUUCCUGGGACUUUCACAGAACUCAAAAGUUGAGAAAAUACUGUUUUUUAUAUUUUUGUUGAUCUAUCUUGCAACUAUUGGGGGCAACAUGAUUAUUGUGGUGACCAUCAUCUACAGCCCUGCACUGCUGGGCUCCCCAAUGUACUUCUUCUUGAUAUUCCUGUCCUUACUGGAUGCUUGCACUUCUUCCACUGUCACCCCCAAGAUGAUUGUAGACUUCUUCUAUGAUAGGAAGACCAUCUCCUUUGAAUGUUGCAUGACACAACUGUUUGCUGUGCACUUCUUCACUGGGAUGGAGGUGAUAGUACUGUCAGCCAUGGCUUAUGACCGCUAUGUGGCCAUUUGCAAGCCUCUUCACUACUCUUCCAUCAUGAACCGGAGGCUCUGUGGCAAUCUUGUGAUGGUGUCCUGGGCAGGAGGCUUUUUGCAUUCUAUCAUACAAAUUAUAUUCAUGUUGCAGCUGCCCUUCUGUGGACCCAAUGUCAUUGAUCAUUACAUGUGUGACUUGUUCCCAUUACUGAAGCUUGCCUGCACUGACACCUAUAUAUUUGUCAUUUUGGUGUUUGCCAACAGUGGGUCUAUCUGCAUCAUAAUCUUCUCUAUUUUGCUUGUCUCCUAUGGUGUCAUCUUGUACUCUCUGAGAGCCCACAGCUCUGAAGGGAAAUUUAAAGCCCUCUCAACCUGUGGAUCCCAUAUUAUUGUUGUGGUUUUGUUUUUUGUCCCAUGCAUAUUAACAUAUGCACGACCUAUAUCUGCAUUUUCCUUUGAGAAAAAUGCUGUUGUAUUUACCACAGUGUUGACCCCAUUGCUCAAUUCUGUAGUUUAUACUUUCAGGAAUAAGGAAAUGAAGAAUGCCAUCAGGAAAAUGUGGAAGAAACUGAUUGCAGUUUCUGAUAAACACUAAAAAUUAUCCCAUAUUGUGCUAGCUGUGUAAAUAGACUGUUGGCUAAGAGCACUCCA